GUUUCCCGAAUUGAACCAAGUCUCGGCACAAGCUCCCGGGUUCGACACGAGGUUCGAAACGUCACCGUCACACUUUACGUUCCCACAAAAUGGCGGCUUACUGUCUGACUGUUACUAGGCUGCGGCUCGUGCUUGGAACUGGGGCAAGGCGAUACCAUGUCUCAGCAGCAUUCAGCACCAAGGCUAAAGUCAGCAUGAGCCGCUUUGAGCCCAGCUCCAGUGUUAACUAUGAGAAGAUGCAUGAGAACAUCAGUACUGUGCGCAAGAGACUCCACAGGCCGCUUACUUUGUCAGAAAAGAUUGUGUACGGUCACCUAGAUGAUCCAGCGGGACAGGAGAUCGAUCGUGGCCGCACCUAUUUGCGUUUGCAUCCAGACCGUGUGGCUAUGCAGGACGCUACAGCACAGAUGGCAAUGCUUCAGUUCAUCAGCAGUGGUCUGCCUAAGGUGGCUGUCCCCUCCACCAUUCACUGUGAUCACCUGAUUGAGGCCCAGAUUGGAGGGGCUCAGGACCUGCAGAGGGCGAAGGAUGUGAACCAGGAAGUGUACAACUUUCUUGCAACUGCUGCAGCCAAAUAUGGAGUUGGCUUUUGGAAACCUGGUUCAGGGAUAAUUCAUCAGAUUAUCUUGGAGAACUACGCCUUUCCGGGAGUCAUGCUGAUUGGCACAGAUUCCCACACCCCGAACGGUGGUGGCCUGGGUGGAAUCUGCAUUGGAGUGGGUGGAGCUGAUGCUGUGGAUGUCAUGGCUGGAAUCCCUUGGGAACUCAAGUGUCCCAAAGUAAUUGGAGUGAAGCUGACAGGCACGCUGUCUGGCUGGACGUCUCCGAAGGAUGUCAUCUUGAAGGUGGCCGGUAUUCUAACUGUGAAAGGUGGCACUGGGGCCAUUGUUGAGUAUUAUGGGCCUGGAGUCGAUUCUAUCUCCUGUACUGGUAUGGCCACUAUUUGUAACAUGGGAGCUGAGAUUGGAGCCACCACUUCAGUUUUCCCCUACAACCACCGCAUGAAGACUUAUCUGGAGAAAACUGGCCGUGCAGAAAUUGCCUCUCUGGCUGAUCAGUUCAAAGAAGACUUGGUCCCAGAUAAGGAUUGUGAAUAUGAUCAGAUCAUAGAGAUUAAUCUCAGUGAGCUGAAGCCCCACAUCAAUGGGCCGUUCACCCCUGACCUGGCUCACCCUGUGUCUGAACUUGGGGCUGUUGCUAAGAAGAAUGGCUGGCCCCUGGAAGUUAAAGUUGGUCUUAUUGGCAGUUGCACCAACUCAAGCUAUGAGGACAUGGGCAGAGCAGCAUCUCUUGCCAAGCAGGCUCUGGAUAAAGGUCUGAAGUGCAAGUCUCAGUUUACAGUCACCCCUGGAUCAGAGCAAAUUCGUGCCACAAUCGAGAGGGAUGGAUAUGCCAAGAUCCUGAGUGAUGUUGGAGGAAUUGUCCUUGCUAAUGCUUGUGGACCUUGCAUCGGACAGUGGGACAGGCGGGAUGUGAAAAAAGGAGAAAAGAAUACUAUCGUCACUUCCUACAACAGGAACUUUACUGGCAGAAAUGACGCUAAUCCAGCCACUCAUGCAUUUGUCACAUCUCCAGAGAUUGUCACUGCCUUGGCCCUCGCGGGGACCCUUGAUUUCAAUCCUGAGACAGACUACCUGACUGCUCCUAAUGGAGAGAAGUUCAAGCUAGAACCUCCCACUGGUGAAGAGCUUCCCUCCAGAGACUUUGACCCAGGACAGGACACUUACCAGCACCCACCGACUGACAGCAGCUCAGUCAAGGUGGAUGUGAACCCGUCUAGCAACCGUCUACAACUGUUGGAGCCCUUUGACAAGUGGCACGGGAAGGACCUGUUAGACAUGAGGGUCCUCAUCAAGGUGAAAGGAAAGUGCACCACUGACCACAUCAGUGCUGCUGGACCCUGGCUAAAAUUCCGUGGUCACCUUGACAACAUUUCCAACAAUCUGCUGAUUGGCGCAGUCAACAUAGAAAACAACGCCGUUAACAAUAUCAAGAACCAACUUACUGGAGAGUACGGAGGUGUGCCUGACGUAGCACGUCACUAUAAGGACAGUGGCGUGAGCUGGGUGGUGGUUGGAGAUGAAAAUUAUGGAGAAGGAUCCAGCAGAGAGCAUGCUGCCCUGGAACCACGGCACCUGGGAGGGCGCGCCAUUAUUGUGAAGAGCUUUGCCAGGAUCCACGAGACUAACCUAAAGAAGCAGGGACUGCUGCCUCUGACAUUUGCCGACCCUGAUGACUAUGAAAAAAUCCUCCCUGAUGACAAGAUUUCAAUCAAAGUCUUAAAAUCAUUUGUGCCCGGCAAGCCUCUGAUAGCAGUAAUCACACACAGCGACGGCAGCCAGGAGUCCAUCUCGUUGAAUCACACCUUCAACGAGACACAGAUUGAGUGGUUUAAGGCGGGCUCUGCCCUCAACCGGAUGAAGGAGCUUCAGUAAGCGGUGAAGAGAAAGGUGGCGAGCCGUUGAAGGGCUUUGGUUAAAGGUGGAUGAAGUAUGAGUGCUCCAGUAGGACAGGACUUCAAAACGAAUAACAGAUGAUUACGAAUGGUAGAUGGGAACCAGACUUUUUGUUUAUUUAUAAUGACAUACGGAAAGCUUUAGUCAUGUUCAGUUACGUGAAACACACACACAAACUUACAGUCGCUGUAUAGAUUAAAAGCGCACACAAACACACAGUGUGAAAACACUCCAUUUAGGGUCUGCUGCUUUCCCUGCCCUGAGCAAAGCAGCGUCUCUAUAUUCGGAGUUGGUCCCUGAGCGCCAGACUGUGGCUGCUCACUGCUCCUGGUGGGUGGAUUGUGUCUAAUUGUAAUUAGGAUGGGUUCAGUGCAGAGGACAAUCUUCAUUUUAUGUACAAUUCCAAUAAAGUCCCUUCUUCUUUUUCUUCUGAUAAACUUCCAGCUGGCAGAUGUAAUUACACAAAUAACUCAAAUCUGCGUCCGUGACAUCAGUCAUAACUUUGUGAAGAGCAGCAGAGUGUCUCUCCUUUCAGUGAAGAAUUUUUCACCAUGCAGUUUAAAAUCUGAUUUGUUUAACUUGUUUAUUCUACAAGUUGACAACCUGUUCAUGUUGGUCUGGGUUGAUUCCCUCCAAACAACUAAAUAAGCUGAUUAAAGGCUGUGUUUAGCUCACGCCAUUUAUCUUUCACGUUCUGUCUGUAUCUACUGGAAUGCAGGCUUUGACUUUAGAUAAGUGGUUCUCAGUCAUUGCACAUAGAAACAAAUGAGUUACCACCUUGAGGUACGUGAACGUCCUGUUUCCCUAACUGUAAGCAGUAUCUGAAAUCUGACCACCAGAUUGAUGCUGCUUGGUCCUGAUCUUGGGAUGCAUGAUGUUGUUGCAUUUUUUGUUGAGUUACACUGUGAUAUACGUUGGUACGUUCGGGCUGAUACUUUCCCUGUUCGGGCUGUUGCAUAGCAACCAGUUAUGUGAAAGCCUUCCAGUGGGACUGGGUUAACAAACCAGAACAUGUUUUACUGUUGUGUUUUUUUUUUUUUUUCCUGCCGUCCACCUGUGUUUAUUCUUAGUGUUUGUAGGAUAGUAUCAGCCAUCCUCUGUCAGUCUGUCUUUGCUCACCGUGCCUCUUUUUGCUGGGUGUGGACUGCUUGCCUCAUACAGGCAUCAUGUUUGGUGAGACAGCCUGCAGUGCUGUGCUGCUGGAAAAUAAAGAUGCACAGUAAGCAGAGAAUUGCAUCUUUCUAAGGCUGAUUGCAUUUUUUUUUUUGUUUGUUUGCUUGUUUGCUUUUUGGUUAGAGCCACGUUUUUGUUUAAUAUUUGUUUUAAAGUAACUUUCAUUUGACACGGUGGGAAAGAAAAUCUCUAAAAAUCCAAUCCAUGUUAUGGUGAAUGAUAAAAAUCCUAACUGUAAAAAUAUGCAACGGGUGCAACAUGUUUGUUGUGGAAUUGCAACAUGCACAGAGCUGCAGCUGCAUAUCUGAACCACAGAAAAUCCAGUGUGAUUCUUACGUUCACCAAGGAGGCAGUAUUUUCACCUGUAUUGGUCUGUAUGGCUUUUAGUAGGAUAACUCAAAAAGUAAUGAAUGGAUUUCAAUGAAAUUUGGUGAUCAGAUUGAUAAUGUCCCAGUGAAUAUGUGAUUACAUUUUGGAGGUGAUCCAGAUUAUAUUCUGGAACUGAGAUCCAAUAGAAUGUUUGGUACAUAGUAACAUUUAACUCAAAAAAUUGUCAGAGGAUGUUGAUGAAAUUUAGUACACAGAUGGAUAAUGUGCUAGGAAAUGAGGUAUUGUAUUUUGAAUUUUAACCAUAACAUAUUUUGGAUCCACCAUUCAGAAGACAUUUUUUUAUUUAAGCAUUCAGGAACAUUUAAUUAUAAAAUUUAUAAAUAAUGAACUUUGAGAACAUUUUUUUGUGAGCAGGUGAAUAAUGUCCUAUGAAAUAAUUUACAGAAUUUUUUAGUUAAUCUGGAACAUAUUCUGGAUCCAGGAUCCAGAAGAAUGAGAGAUUACAGUGAGACUGAGCUCAAAAAUUUAUGAAUGGAUCUUGAUGAAAUUUUAUGAGCAUACAGAUACAUUCUUUGGAAAUGAGGAUUGACAUUUGAUGCUAAUUUAAAAUGAAAUUGAGUAUUUUGGCGGAGGGGAAUGUGACCUAGGCAGAGGUUUGCGCUCUCUGAGUGCCUUCUAUCUUUUUUAUUUUUGAUGCAUUUCAAGAAAGACUGUAUAUGUAUUGGAUAUAGGUCCACAAAUGUUUGAGUACUCUGUGUCAUAUUUUUAUGACCUCAAAUUCCGGAAAUUUAUUUUUUUCUAUCCAAAAUGUAAAAAAAAAAAAAAAAGUUUUUGUUUGCUCUUUAAGCUCAUAGACUAAAACAAGUAAUGAAGCUACUGUCAAAAGCAAGACAAAGAUGAAAACUCCACAGUGUAUCUUUGUAAAUUAUCACCUUAACACAACCCUCUCAAAGAAAUCAUUACAGACCUGUUAGAUGUAUUGCUUUAAAAUGUUCCGUUUCGUCUCACUUUGGUUGGGAGCUGCCACUGUCUUGCUGUACUGUGAAAUGAUCAGAUGCGUUUGUCCAUCAUUUAAAUGUGUGUUUGGGUGGUGGUUCGGUCACUAACUUCUUACCCAAACUACUCGUAACACAACCUAGUGUCCAGACACUUAACACUGGCAUUUUUGUAGCGUUAAGGAAUCUGUUUCAAGCAUGCCUUUCUCCUUAUUCUUUAUCAUCUUUUACAUUAAAAAAAAAGAUUAAUAACAUUUGUUAUGGACCUUCACACACUACAUUUAGUUUGCAGUCAACCAGUUUUGCAAAAAUAUAUAUCUACAGUACACAUAUGAAAGUGCCAUUACAUAUGUUUCAUAAGGUCUUGGGCCUAACUAGCUGUUUUGUGUGACAUUGCAGUUGAGACUAUUAAUUCACCAUUCAGAAAGUCUGUAACUCAUUCUCAGUUCAUUGUGCUUUUGCAGAAUUAACGAUUUGAAAUAUUUCUGGAGGAGUCACCUUGUGACUGAAAAGCUUUGAGUGUGGAUCUGUGUGUAAAUUGUGACAUUUUUUAUAUAUAUAUACACACACACACACACACACACACACACACACACACACACACACACACACACACACACAGUAGUUGUAGUUAAUGUAGGUGUGUACAUAUAAUGUAUAAUAAAGUAUAGUGAGCAGGGAGACGUGCUGUAGACUGCCUGUCCAUUUAAUGACAAACUUUCUCAUCUGCUCUCUCGCUAUUAAAUUGAAUCACAAUUAA